AGCAGCAGCAGCAGCAGCAGCAGCAGCAGCAGCAGCAGCAGCAGCAGCAGCAGCAGCAGCAGCAGCAGCAGCAGCAGCAGCAGCAGCAGCAGCAGCAGCAGCAGCAGCAGCAGCAGCAGCAGCAGCAGCAGCAGCAGCAGCAGCAGCAGCAGCAGCAGCAGCAGCAGCAGCAGCAGCAGCAGCAGCAGCAGCAGCAGCAGCAGCAGCAGCAGCAGCAGCAGCAGCAGCAGCAGCAGCAGCAGCAGCAGCAGCAGCAGCAGCAGCAGCAGCAGCAGCAGCAGCAGCAGCAGCAGCAGCAGCAGCAGCAGCAGGCAGCACCAGCAGCAGCAGCAGCAGCAGCAGCAGCAGCAGCAGCAGCAGCAGCAGCAGCAGCAGCAGCAGCAGCAGCAGCAGCAGCAGCACAAGCAGCAGCAGCAGCAGCAGCAGCAGCAGCAGCAGCAGCAGCAGCAGCAGCAGCAGCAGCAGCAGCAGCAGCAGCAGCAGCAGCAGCAGCAGCAGCAGCAGCAGCAGCAGCAGCAGCAGCAGCAGCAGCAGCAGCAGCAGCAGCAGCAGCAGCAGCAGCAGCAGCAGCAGCAGCAGCAGCAGCAGCAGCAGCAGCAGCAGCAGCAGCAGCAGCAGCAGCAGCAGCAGCAGCAGCAGCAGCAGCAGCAGCAGCAGCAGCAGCAGCAGCAGCAGCAGCAGCAGCAGCAGCAGCAGCAGCAGCAGCCAGCAGCAGCAGCAGCAGCAGCAGCAGCAGCAGCAGCAGCAGCAGCAGCAAGCAGCAGCAGCAGCAGCAGCAGCAGCAGCAGCAGCAGCAGCAGCAGCAGCAGCAGCAGCAGCAGCAGCAGCAGCAGCAGCAGCAGCAGCAGCAGCAGCAGCAGCAGCAGCAAGCAGCAGCAGCAGCAGCAGCAGCAGCAGCAGCAGCAGCAGCAGCAGCAGCAGCAGCAGCAGCAGCAGCAGCAGCAGCAGCAGCAGCAGCAGCAGCAGCAGCAGCAGCAGCAGCAGCAGCAGCAGCAGCAGCAGCUGCAGCAGCAGCAGCAGCAGCAGCAGCAGCAGCAGCAGCAGCAGCAGCAGCAGCAGCAGCAGCAGCAGCAGCAGCAGCAGCAGCAGCAGCAGCAGCAGCAGCAGCAGCAGCAGCAGCAGCAGCAGCCAGCAGCAGCAGCAGCAGCAGCAGCAGCAGCAGCAGCAGCAGCAGCAGCAGCAGCAGCAGCAGCAGCAGCAGCAGCAGCAGCAGCAGCAGCAGCAGCAGCAGCAGCAGCAGCAGCAGCAGCAGCAGCAGCAGCAGCAGCAGCAGCAGCAGCAGCAGCAGCAGCAGCAGCAGCAGCAGCAGCAGCAGCAGCAGCAGCAGCAGCAGCAGCAGCAGCAGCAGCAGCAGCAGCAGCAGCACAGCAGCAGCAGCAGCAGCAGCAGCAGCAGCAGCAGCAGCAGCAGCAGCAGCAGCAGCAGCAGCAGCAGCAGCAGCAGCAGCAGCAGCAGCAGCAGCAGCAGCAGCAGCAGCAGCAGCAGCAGCAGCAGCAGCAGCAGCAGCAGCAGCAGCAGCAGCAGCAGCAGCAGCAGCAGCAGCAGCAGCAGCAGCAGCAGGCAGCAGCAGCAGCAGCAGCAGCAGCAGCAGCAGCAGCAGCAGCAGCAGCAAGCAGCAGCAGCAGCAGCCAGCAGCAGCAGCAGCAGCAGCAGCAGCAGCAGCAGCAGCAGCAGCAGCAGCAGCAGCAGCAGCAGCAGCAGCAGCAGCAGCAGCAGCAGGCAGCAGCAGCAGCAGCAGCAGCAGCAGCAGCAGCAGCAGCAGCAGCAGCAGCAGCAGCAGCAGCAGCAGCAGCAGCAGCAGCAGCAGCAGCAGCAGCAGCAGCACAGCAGCAGCAGCAGCAGCAGCAGCAGCAGCAGCAGCAGCAGCAGCAGCAGCAGCAGCAGCAGCAGCAGCAGCAGCAGCAGCAGCAGCAGCAGCAGCAGCAGCAGCAGCAGCAGCAGCAGCAGCAGCAGCAGCAGCAGCAGCAGCAGCAGCAGCAGCAGCAGCAGCAGCAGCAGCAGCAGCAGCAGCAGCAGCAGCAGCAGCAGCAGCAGCAGCAGCAGCAGCAGCAGCAGCAGCAGCAGCAGCAGCAGCAGCAGCAGCAGCAGCAGCAGCAGCAGCAGCAGCAGCAGCAGCAGCAGCAGCAGCAGCAGCAGCAGCAGCAGCAGCAGCAGCAGCAGCAGCAGCAGCAGCAGCAGCAGCAGCAGCAGCAGCAGCAGCAGCAGCAGCAGCAGCAGCAGCAGCAGCAGCAGAGCAGCAGCAGCAGCAGCAGCAGCAGCAGCAGCAGCAGCAGCAGCAGCAGCAGCAGCAGCAGCAGCAGCAGCAGCAGCAGCAGCAGCAGCAGCAGGCAGCAGCAGCAGCAGCAGCAGCAGCAGCAGCAGCAGCAGCAGCAGCAGCAGCAGCAGCAGCAGCAGCAGCAGCAGCAGCAGCAGCAGCAGCAGCAGCAGCAGCAGCAGCAGCAGCAGCAGCAGCAGCAGCAGCAGCAGCAGCAGCAGCAGCAGCAGCAGCAGCAGCAGCAGCAGCAGCAGCAGCAGCAGCAGCAGCAGCAGCAGCAGCAGCAGCAGCAGCAGCAGCAGCAGCAGCAGCAGCAGCAGCAGCAGCAGCAGCAGCAGCAGCAGCAGCAGCAGCAGCAGCAGCAGCAGCAGCAGCAGCAGCAGCAGCAGCAGCAGCAGCAGCAGCAGCAGCAGCAGCAGCAGCAGCAGCAGCAGCAGCAGCAGCAGCAGCAGCAGCAGCAGCAGCAGCAGCAGCAGCAGCAGCAGCAGCAGCAGCAGCAGCAGCAGCAGCAGCAGCAGCAGCAGCAGCAGCAGCAGCAGCAGCAGCAGCAGCAGCAGCAGCAGCAGCAGCAGCAGCAGCAGCAGCAGCAGCAGCAGCAGCAGCAGCAGCAGCAGCAGCAGCAGCAGCAGCAGCAGCAGCAGCAGCAGCAGCAGCAGCAGCAGCAGCAGCAGCAGCAGCAGCAGCAGCAGCAGCAGCAGCAGCAGCAGCAGCAGCAGCAGCAGCAGCAGCAGCAGCAGCAGCAGCAGCAGCAGCAGCAGCAGCAGCAGCAGCAGCAGCAGCAGCAGCAGCAGCAGCAGCAGCAGCAGCAGCAGCAGCAGCAGCAGCAGCAGCAGCAGCAGCAGCAGCAGCAGCAGCAGCAGCAGCAGCAGCAGCAGCAGCAGCAGCAGCAGCAGCAGCAGCAGCAGCAGCAGCAGCAGCAGCAGCAGCAGCAGCAGCAGCAGCAGCAGCAGCAGCAGCAGCAGCAGCAGCAGCAGCAGCAGCAGCAGCAGCAGCAGCAGCAGCAGCAGCAGCAGCAGCAGCAGCAGCAGCAGCAGCAGCAGCAGCAGCAGCAGCAGCAGCAGCAGCAGCAGCAGCAGCAGCAGCAGCAGCAGCAGCAGCAGCAGCAGCAGCAGCAGCAGCAGCAGCAGCAGCAGCAGCAGCAGCAGCAGCAGCAGCAGCAGCAGCAGCAGCAGCAGCAGCAGCAGCAGCAGCAGCAGCAGCAGCAGCAGCAGCAGCAGCAGCAGCAGCAGCAGCAGCAGCAGCAGCAGCAGCAGCAGCAGCAGCAGCAGCAGCAGCAGCAGCAGCAGCAGCAGCAGCAGCAGCAGCAGCAGCAGCAGCAGCAGCAGCAGCAGCAGCAGCAGCAGCAGCAGCAGCAGCAGCAGCAGCAGCAGCAGCAGCAGCAGCAGCAGCAGCAGCAGCAGCAGCAGCAGCAGCAGCAGCAGCAGCAGCAGCAGCAGCAGCAGCAGCAGCAGCAGCAGCAGCAGCAGCAGCAGCAGCAGCAGCAGCAGCAGCAGCAGCAGCAGCAGCAGCAGCAGCAGCAGCAGCAGCAGCAGCAGCAGCAGCAGCAGCAGCAGCAGCAGCAGCAGCAGCAGCAGCAGCAGCAGCAGCAGCAGCAGCAGCAGCAGCAGCAGCAGCAGCAGCAGCAGCAGCAGCAGCAGCAGCAGCAGCAGCAGCAGCAGCAGCAGCAGCAGCAGCAGCAGCAGCAGCAGCAGCAGCAGCAGCAGCAGCAGCAGCAGCAGCAGCAGCAGCAGCAGCAGCAGCAGCAGCAGCAGCAGCAGCAGCAGCAGCAGCAGCAGCAGCAGCAGCAGCAGCAGCAGCAGCAGCAGCAGCAGCAGCAGCAGCAGCAGCAGCAGCAGCAGCAGCAGCAGCAGCAGCAGCAGCAGCAGCAGCAGCAGCAGCAGCAGCAGCAGCAGCAGCAGCAGCAGCAGCAGCAGCAGCAGCAGCAGCAGCAGCAGCAGCAGCAGCAGCAGCAGCAGCAGCAGCAGCAGCAGCAGCAGCAGCAGCAGCAGCAGCAGCAGCAGCAGCAGCAGCAGCAGCAGCAGCAGCAGCAGCAGCAGCAGCAGCAGCAGCAGCAGCAGCAGCAGCAGCAGCAGCAGCAGCAGCAGCAGCAGCAGCAGCAGCAGCAGCAGCAGCAGCAGCAGCAGCAGCAGCAGCAGCAGCAGCAGCAGCAGCAGCAGCAGCAGCAGCAGCAGCAGCAGCAGCAGCAGCAGCAGCAGCAGCAGCAGCCAGCAGCAGCAGCAGCAGCAGCAGCAGCAGCAGCAGCAGCAGCAGCAGCAGCAGCAGCAGCAGCAGCAGCAGCAGCAGCAGCAGCAGCAGCAGCAGCAGCAGCAGCAGCAGCAGCAGCAGCAGCAGCAGCAGCAGCAGCAGCAGCAGCAGCAGCAGCAGCAGCAGCAGCAGCAGCAGCAGCAGCAGCAGCAGCAGCAGCAGCAGCAGCAGCAGCAGCAGCAGCAGCAGCAGCAGCAGCAGCAGCAGCAGCAGCAGCAGCAGCAGCAGCAGCAGCAGCAGCAGCAGCAGCAGCAGCAGCAGCAGCAGCAGCAGCAGCAGCAGCAGCAGCAGCAGCAGCAGCAGCAGCAGCAGCAGCAGCAGCAGCAGCAGCAGCAGCAGCAGCAGCAGCAGCAGCAGCAGCAGCAGCAGCAGCAGCAGCAGCAGCAGCAGCAGCAGCAGCAGCAGCAGCAGCAGCAGCAGCAGCAGCAGCAGCAGCAGCAGCAGCAGCAGCAGCAGCAGCAGCAGCAGCAGCAGCAGCAGCAGCAGCAGCAGCAGCAGCAGCAGCAGCAGCAGCAGCAGCAGCAGCAGCAGCAGCAGCAGCAGCAGCAGCAGCAGCAGCAGCAGCAGCAGCAGCAGCAGCAGCAGCAGCAGCAGCAGCAGCAGCAGCAGCAGCAGCAGCAGCAGCAGCAGCAGCAGCAGCAGCAGCAGCAGCAGCAGCAGCAGCAGCAGCAGCAGCAGCACAGCAGCAGCUGUUCGAGUACGGCCAUUGA